AUGACGCAAAGACUGUGGUUGGCCGAGUUUAUAGAAUUAUAUAGGAAUGAACCUUGCUUAUGGCAGAAUAAAAGUAAGGAGUACCAUGACCGAGAAAGGAAAUCAGCAGCUUACAAGGUAUUAUUAGAAAAAAUUAAAGAAAGUGACUCUACGGCAACUAUAGAUACAGUGAAAAGUAAAAUUAACACACUGCGUUGCACGUUCAAAAAAGAAGUUUUGAAAGUCAAAUCGUCACAAAGAUCAGGAUCUGGCAAAGAUGAUAUUUAUAUACCAAAGUUAUGGUAUUACGAUUUACUACAAUUUCUCACCGACCAAGAAGUACCACGAUCCUCAAGAUCAAAUAUUUCCAAGGAUGACGAAGAAACAAAUGACAAUGAAGACCUAGACUCUAGACCAGGUUCAUCUUUGGCUUCAAACCACUCUGAAUCUGACACAGGAAAUUCAGCAUCAUCGUCGGCACCACCUCACCAUCCGAAACCGACAAAAAGGAAUCUCAAUCAAACUUUAACCAAUGACGUUUUAUUAACUGUACAGGAUCAUUUUAAAAGUCCUGUACAGCGGGAUGAUCGUUUCAAUAUUUUUGGGAAAAACGUGGCAAUGAAGUUGCGUGAUCUUCCUAAAGAACAACGCAUUUUAGCGGAAGGUAUUAUAAACGAAGCUCUAUUCUUAGCUGAAAUGGAUAAAUUGACUAUUGACCACAAAAUAUCGGAUCGAGCAACAAUACAACAAAUAAAUUGUAACACUGCAGAAUCACAGAGCAUACUUCAGCCAUACCUUUUAGACAACAAUACAGGAGCAGUACAAAUUUCAAUCCCUGAAAUGUCUAUACCUUUACAAGAAAACCAAAAGAUUGAAACUUUAAUCACAUCAAUUAAUGAGAUCAAGCAGCAAAACGUCGAAAUUCGUGAGUCCAUUUCAUUCCUAUCUGCAAAGUAUGACGAUGUUUUAAAGGAAUUAGAACAUAUCAAAGAAGAAAAUAGUUUGAAAACAUGUCUCAUAAACUCUCUUGAGCAGAAAAUUGAACUUUUGGAACAUACAGUGAAAAGUAAAAUUAACACACUGCGUUGCACGUUCAAAAAAGAAGUUUUGAAAGUCAAAUCGUCACAAAGAUCAGGAUCUGGCAAAGAUGAUAUUUAUAUACCAAAGUUAUGGUAUUACGAUUUACUACAAUUUCUCACCGACCAAGAAGUACCACGAUCCUCAAGAUCAAAUAUUUCCGAGGAUGACGAAGAAACAAAUGACAAUGAAGACCUAGACUCUAGACCAGGUUCAUCUUUGGCUUCAAACCACUCUGAAUCUGACACAGGAAAUUCAGCAUCAUCGUCGGCACCACCUCACCAUCCGAGACCGACAAAAAGGAAUCUCAAUCAAACUUUAACCAAUGACGUUUUAUUAACUGUACAGGAUCAUUUUAAACGUCUUGUUUCCAAAAUAUCGGAUCGAGCAACCAUACAACAAAUAAAUUCUAACACUGCAGAAUCACAGAGCAUACUUCAGCCAUACCUUUUAGACAACAAUACAGGAGCGGUACAAAUUUCAAUCCCAAUGUCUAUACCUUUACAAGAAGUAAACACUGCGGCUUCAUUUUUAUCUCAGUACAUGCAAAAUGAAUCGUAG